AUGUCGAUACCCUCAACAUUAGACAGUUCCUUUAUUCUCGUCGAAAACGACGCUCGCAAACCAAAUCCUAUCGUCCAGGAUGCUAAACCCAAUAUUCCGGCAACGCACCCUUCGCUUGAACCAGGAUAUAAACCGGGUUCAGCAAAUACAUACGCUCACGACUGGUCACCUUUAGCGACGGGAGGCUCAAUAAAGACCCAAGGCCGCCAUUUUGUCGACGGCUACGGGCGAGUCUGCCAUCUUCGCGGUGCCAACGUAUCAGGCUGUUGCAAGACACCAUUCGACCAUGACCACGAAAACUUCCCUGGGGACCAUCGCUCUGUUACCUUUGUUGGCCGUCCCUUUCCCUUGGAGGAGGCUCCGGAGCACUUUGCAAGGCUGAGGAGAUGGGGGUUAACUUUCAUUCGUUUUCUUGUUACUUGGGAGGCCGUUGAGCACGCUGGACCAGGUAUCUACGACAAGGAAUACCUUGCUUAUAUUCGAGCUCUUCUCUCCCUUCUCCCCAAGUACGGCCUGACCGCCUUCGUAUCGAUGCAUCAAGAUGUCUGGUCUCGUUACUCUGGUGGCUCAGGAGCGCCUGCCUGGACGCUGGAAGCUGCAGGAUUCGACCUCGGCGCAAUCGAAGAAACCGGAGCGGGUUGGCUUCAGGGUCAGAAGCGGGGCGGGCAUACUGAACCUGACCGCGGCAUCUGGCCUUGCGGGUACCAGAAGCUGAGCGCAGCUACUAUGGCAACGCUGUUCUGGGGCGGAGAUACCUUCGCUCCAAAGCUCCGUGUCAAGGGGACGGAUGGGGAGGAGGUCACCAUCCAGAAGUACCUCCAAGACGCCUUCCUUGGUACCUGGGAAGAAAUAGUCAAGGCUGUUGGCGACCUGGAAGGCGUGAUCGGCGUCCAAAUGAUGAAUGAGCCUCAUCGAGGCUACAUCGAGCUACCUUCCCUUCAUAGCUUUGACUACAACACAGAUUUGCAUCUUGCCCACGUCCCAUCUGCUUUCCAAUCGUUCCAGCUCGGCGCUGGUCACCCAACCGAAGUUCCUCACUACGAACGCUCCUUCCCCUGGCCGACCAAACUGACUGGAAACACCCUCGUCAACGCGAACGGCGUGAAAGCCUGGAGAGAAGACGGGCCUACCAACGGAAAGUGUAUCUGGGAGCUGCACAACGUAUGGGGAUGGGACCAGAAGAAAAACGAAGCUGUUAUCCUGAGGGAAGGAUACUUCCUGGUACAUCCGAAGACUAAAGAAAAGGUUGACUGGUAUGUCGAUUGCUAUUUCCCUCUCAUGCAGAGGUGGGAGAAGCGUAUUCGACCGAGCAUCGGUGCGGAUAAGAUGAUCUUUGCCGAACCGAUUCCGAACGAGUUCUGCCCCAAGACAUGGACUGAGGAACGCCGUCCCUCAAAUCUGGUGUAUGCGCCCCACUGGUACGACCUCAAUGCUCUUUUCUCCAAGGCCUUCGGCGACUUUACUGUCAAUGUACAAGGCCUCUCUCGGGGCAUGUUCCUCCCGAAGGCCCUCUACUGGGGCCAGAAAGGUGCCAGGGAUAACUACAGUCUUCAGAUUCGCAACAUUGUCCAGAAGGGUUAUGAAGCCCUCGGGGACAAGCCUAUUGUUAUCGGCGAAUGUGGUAUUCCAAUGGACAUGAAUAACAAAGAGGCUUUCGAGACUGGAGACUUUACCUGGCACGCUCGCAUGAUGGACGCGUUGAUGACCGCCUUGGAACGGUCAUUCGUUGGUUUUACCCUGUGGAAUUACAAUCCCUCAAACAACGAUGUCCACGGCGACGACUGGAACGGCGAGAACUUUUCAUGGUUCAGUCGUUAUCGAGCCCUGCCACCCUCCCUGCUCGACUACUCCCAAACAUCACCCACCUUGGAUAACGGUGGACGAAUCCUCACCUCAAUCGUCCGGCCGUACCCAGCCAAGACCUGCGGGAUACCGAUCAAGAUGGAAUAUGAAAUGACGACGGGGACAUUCACCUACGAAUGGGCCAACUCCUCAGGGCCCCUGCUCUCCGCCGAGACAGAGAUCUUCUACCCAUCGCUUAUCGCCCAGUCAAGGGACGUCAUGGUUAAUGGCCUGGAGAAAGGGGACCGAUACGUCUACGACGAGCGACGCCAGACUUUGUUCAUCGUCUGCCAGGACGUCAAGACACCCGGCAAGCGACACCGAGUGGAGGUGUCUGUUUCACCUGGAUUGGACUAUCCUCGACCUGAGUUUUAUCUUAACGAUAUUUGGACGGACUUUGGAGGGCAGAUUUCUGCUGCUGUUUUUGUUGUUUUGUUGGUUAUGGCGUUGCUCACGACCCGGUGGUUGGUUUAA